CGCUGCUGCUGCUGCUGCUGCUGCAUUUGUCUGCUUUCCCAGGCGCUCGCGGAUCUUUGUGGUUAUCUUCGGCCGGGGCCGCGAAUGUGAAUGUGUCAGCGGCGGCAGCGGCAGCCGGGGACUGAUUAGCUGGGAUCGGCGUGGGUGGGAGGGUGCGGGAGAGAGCAGGAGGACCACGCGCGCCCGGGGCCACGCGUGUGUCGGCUCCCGCCGUUUGCUAACCGAGCUUGGGCGUGGAGGAUGGUGCACCAUGCCGAGAGGAUCCCGGCGCCUUAACGCUGCCUCCCGAAGAAAAGAGGUCCGGGUCGUGCACGGGAGGAGGGAGAACCGCAGGCGAAAGCAUGAAGGUGGAAGGAGGCAGGCUCCACUUUGAGCGCUGCUAGAGGGAGACCUCGGUCUUCGGCCAGCACGUUCGCCUCUCUCCUCUCUCGGGCGGGCCGAAGGGGGGCUACGGGUGGGCGGCGGAGGAGGUGGGAUAGGGAGGGGGAUAACGGGGAGAGAGAGAGAGGGAGAAGGCUAGAGAGCGAGGGGAGGGUCAGUGCAGUGCGUUUCUGAUCUCAUCCACGGACGAGAAGGGGGGCUGGAGGAGAACCCCCCCCCCCCAACUCCGAAAAGCGGCUCACCAUGGGGAAUGCAGGGAGCAUGGAUUCUCAGCAGACUGAUUUCAGGGCGCACAACAUGCCUUUGAAGCUGCCAAUGCCCGAGCCAGGUGAACUGGAGGAGAGAUUUGCGGUGGUCUUGAAUGCAAUGAACCUACCUCCUGACAAAGCCAGAUUGCUGCGCCAAUAUGACAAUGAAAAGAAAUGGGAGCUGAUUUGUGAUCAGGAAAGAUUUCAAGUAAAGAAUCCUCCUCACACAUACAUCCAGAAGCUAAAAGGCUAUCUGGAUCCAGCAGUAACCAGAAAGAAAUUUAGGAGACGAGUGCAAGAAUCUACACAAGUGCUAAGAGAACUGGAAAUUUCUUUAAGAACAAAUCAUAUUGGAUGGGUCAGAGAGUUUUUGAAUGAAGAAAACAAAGGUCUUGAUGUUCUGGUGGAAUAUUUGUCAUUUGCACAGUACGCAGUAACAUUUGACUUCGAAAGUUUGGAGAACAAUGUGGAAAACUCAGUGGACAAGUCAAAACCAUGGAGCAGGUCCAUUGAAGAUCUGCACAGAGGAAGCAAUUUACCUUCACCUGUUGGAAAUAGCAUCUCUCGCUCUGGAAGACACUCGACCCUACGCUAUAAUACUUUGCCAAGCAGAAGAACUCUGAAAAAUUCAAGAUUAGUGAGUAAAAAAGAUGAUGUUCACGUGUGUAUCAUGUGUUUACGUGCCAUCAUGAAUUACCAGUAUGGCUUCAAUAUGGUCAUGUCACAUCCACACGCUGUUAAUGAAAUUGCACUAAGUUUGAACAACAAAAACCCCAGAACGAAAGCCCUUGUGUUAGAACUGUUGGCGGCUGUUUGUCUUGUAAGAGGAGGGCAUGAAAUCAUUUUAUCAGCAUUUGAUAACUUUAAAGAGGUUUGUGGAGAAAAACAGCGCUUUGAGAAGUUGAUGGAACAUUUCAGAAAUGAAGAUAACAACAUAGAUUUUAUGGUGGCAUCUAUGCAGUUCAUUAACAUUGUAGUCCAUUCAGUUGAAGACAUGAAUUUCAGAGUUCAUCUCCAGUAUGAAUUUACCAAAUUAGGCCUCGAUGAAUACUUGGAUAAGCUGAAACACACAGAAAGUGACAAGCUGCAAGUGCAGAUUCAGGCUUACCUGGAUAAUGUAUUUGAUGUGGGAGCUUUGCUGGAAGAUGCAGAAACCAAGAAUGCAGCCUUGGAAAGGGUUGAAGAACUGGAAGAAAACAUUUCUCAUUUGUCUGAAAAGUUGCAAGACACAGAGAAUGAAGCCAUGGCCAAGAUCGUGGAACUGGAAAAACAGCUCAUGCAGAGGAACAAGGAGCUGGAUGUCGUCCGAGAAAUCUAUAAAGAUGCAAACACUCAAGUUCACACAUUGAGAAAAAUGGUGAAAGAAAAAGAAGAAGCCAUUCAAAGACAGUCUACUCUGGAAAAAAAGAUUCAUGAACUGGAGAAACAAGGAACCAUUAAAAUCCAGAAGAAAGGAGAUGGGGACAUUUCCAUUCUGCCAGUUGUGGCCUCUGGAACAUUGCCAGCAGGGUCAGAGGCAUCAGCUAACGCAAAUGCCUGUGUGGGACAAGUCUCUGGCUCUCCUUCCUCAGUACCAUCGCCUCCACCUCCCCCACCAUUACCUCCCUCUCCAGCAACAUCAGAAACAGUACAAAAUGGCCCAGUGACAGCCUCUGUGCCGCCACCCCCUCCUCCGCCUCCCCCACCUCCUCCCCCACCUCCUCUCCCAGGACCAGCUGCUGAUACUCCACCAGCUCCUCUGCCACCCCCGCCUCCUCCAUCGGCGCCCCCGCUGCCCGGCACAUCUUCCCCCACGGUGGUUUUCAACUCAGGAUUAGCAGAUGGGCCAAUCAAGCUUUUCUCUGUGAAAAUCAAGAAGCCAAUCAAGACAAAGUUCCGCAUGCCUGUUUUUAAUUGGGUUGCUCUGAAACCCAAUCAGAUUAAUGGGACGGUCUUCAAUGAAAUUGAUGAUGAAAGAAUCUUGGAGGAUUUAAAUGUGGAUGAAUUUGAGGAAAUAUUCAAGACAAAAGCCCAGGGUCCUGCUAUUGAUCUUACUUCAAGCAAACAGAAGAUAACUCAGAAAGGAUCAAACAAAGUAACAUUACUAGAAGCAAAUCGGGCCAAAAAUCUUGCCAUUACCUUAAGAAAAGCUGGAAAGACGGCAGAUGAGAUAUGCAAAGCAAUUCAUAUAUUUGACUUGAAGACCUUGCCAGUAGAUUUCGUGGAAUGUUUGAUGAGGUUCCUGCCAACUGAAAAUGAAGUGAAAGUGUUGCGGCUUUAUGAGAGGGAAAGGAAACCUCUGGAGAACUUGUCUGAUGAGGAUCGAUUCAUGAUGCAAUUCAGCAAAAUUGAAAGGCUCAUGCAGAAGAUGACCAUCAUGGCCUUCAUUGGGAACUUCUCUGAAAGUAUACAGAUGCUCACACCUCAACUACAUGCAAUAAUAGCAGCAUCUGUCUCAAUAAAGUCAUCCCAAAAACUCAAGAAAAUUCUGGAGAUUAUCUUGGCUCUUGGUAACUAUAUGAAUAGCAGUAAACGGGGAGCAGUUUAUGGAUUUAAACUUCAGAGUUUAGAUCUGCUCCUGGACACCAAGUCAACAGACAGAAAGCAAACCCUGUUGCACUAUAUAUCCAAUGUUGUAAGAGAGAAGUAUCAUCAAGUGUCCCUCUUUUAUAAUGAACUUCAUUAUGUGGAGAAAGCUGCUGCAGUGUCUCUGGAGAAUGUCCUUCUGGAUGUCAAAGAGCUCCAGAGAGGCAUGGACUUGACCAAGCGAGAGUACACAAUGCAUGACCACAAUGUGAUGCUGAAAGAAUUUAUCCAUAAUAAUGAAGGGAAGCUCAAGAAGCUACAAGAUGACGCCAAGAUUGCACAGGAUGCUUUUGAUGAUGCUGUAAAAUAUUUUGGAGAAAAUCCUAAGACGACGCCACCCUCUGUCUUCUUCCCAGUCUUUGUGCGGUUUGUUAAAGCUUAUAAGCAAGCUGAGGAAGAGAAUGAGCUGAGGAAAAAGCAGGAGCAGGCUCUCAUGGAAAAGCUCUUGGAACAGGAAGCACUAAUGGAACAACAGGAUCCAAAGUCUCCUUCUCAUAAAACCAAGAGGCAACAGCAGGAGUUAAUUGCAGAAUUAAGAAGGCGGCAAGUGAAGGAUAACAGACAUGUGUAUGAGGGGAAAGAUGGUGCUAUUGAGGAUAUUAUUACAGUGCUGAAGACUGUGCCCUUUACAGCUCGUACGGCCAAGCGUGGCUCUCGGUUUUUCUGCGAACCUGUUCUCACUGAGGAAUUCCAUUACUAAACUAUUACUUUUUCACAUCUGAUGCUCUUAAAAGAUCUUAGAAACCAGCCGUACAGACGAGCCGAUGCGGUGAGGAGAAGUGUCCGGCGACGCUUUGAUGAUCAGAACUUGCGCCCUGUUAAUGGUGCUGAGAUAGCCAUGUGAGCCAGACCUGCCUGCAUGUGUAAAGUGGAGGGUGUACUUCAAUGAUAACCAUGUCUGUGGGAACUCUUCCUGCUACCAUUUAAUGCAGCCUUGAAUACAGUUAUAUUCUGAAGGGCCAAAAGGCCUAAAAAUUGCAUAGGAACUUUAAAAAUAAAAUAAAAAAGAUGGGCUCUCCAUUCAACCAUAGUUAACAAGUGCCUAAGAUGAAAGUACCUGCUCAAAUUAAUCAAAGCAAUAGGACUUGAUUUGAUUGGGUAUCUUUUUACACCAAUAUAUUAUUCAGUGUUUUUAACCAAAAUGUAAAUGUCAUGUUAUCUUCUUUUCUGUUACUUGCAACUUAAUGAUUGUCUUAUGGCCCACCUUGGUUUUUUGACAGGUUGUAAAUAACAAAUACUCGGGUGAGAUCUGCUCUGGAUCCCUUUUGACUUUUACAUGUCUCUUUGCUGUCUAAUAAGCAAUUUAUUUUGAGCUUCAAAUAGCACUUCUUUCUAGGUUGCAUCUCAGAAAGUUUGUUGUUGUGUGAGGAAAGCCGUUUUCGGAGACUGUUCCUUCCAGUCACAGCCAAACUCUGGCAAAGUCUAAAGAGGAUGUGAUGACAUGUAAUUUCAUUAACACACAAAGUCACCCAAUCCGUCUUCAUUUUUACAUAUGACUUUUUCUGUGCAAUGCCCUAUGAGGGAUGGUUUGAAGGGUAAGACUGCAAUGCUAUACAAAAUUAUGGGAAUAUCAUGCAAGACAUUUAUGAUUCUAUGUUCUUCAGAGAGAGGCAGCUUAUAGGUAAUACAAAGUAUAUUUAUUAAUUAGCAUCAAGCUAUUAACAUCUCAGUUAUCAGUAUUAAGAUCUCCAAGAACCAUUGAGGUUCAGUUCUAAGCACAGUGAACAGUCAUGUGCCUUGUCAGAAAGAAGUUUGCUCGGCCGCUUGACGAGCAUUCAGAUUGCAUCUUCCACCUGCAGAGUGCUGAGCUUGUUCUCCUUUGACAAUCGCAUUUGAGGGUUGGUUGGUUGUUUUUUUUAAUGACAGUGAGGGGUGCAUUUGACCACUGGAUGUAGAGAAAUUCCAAAACCCAGUUUGAUGCUCCCUUCCCCGGAUAUUUUAGGGGAAAUUGGGAAUUGAUUUGUUAGGAUCACGUGUAUUUGGAUGAAGCAAGGAAAAGACAUGCAAAAUGAGAAUAGGAGGCAAGCCAGGCUCACUCUGCAGGUACAGGGCAAGCCAUUGUGCUUUACGUGGGCACUUGGGCAGGGCACUUGAUUUAGUCACAAGUCAAAACAUGGACUGAAGAUAAAAUUGUCAUUUUGGAAGAUAAAUUCUGCUUCUGGCUUACCUUUCUUGGUAGCAUUUCAUCAAUAUGUUAAUUGUAAAAUUUAUUGUAUAGUAUUUAACCACUGAAUUCCUUUUAUGUUGUGCUUAAGUGAAUCCCUGGUGAAGGUCUCAUUUUCCUUGGAUGAUGUGUAGUUAUAUGAUAAUCUGUUUUUAAAUGUACAGAUAUUUUGCUACAAAAUUGGUGCCAUUUUUUAUGGUUUUUACACCUCUUUAAUUCCCACUUUAGUCUCUGGGUAAUAUUGUAAAUAUUGUUUAAAAAAAACUGCAUUGGCCUGUGCUAUACAAUCUGAAUGUUAUUUUAACUUAUAGUUUGUUUUUUAUAUUUAACUACAAGGACAGUUGAGGGAUCAAAGUUGUUACUUUUUUUUUUUUUUUUUGCUUACUUACAGAAAGUUUCAUUUCAGACUGCCACUGUUAGCACAUCUCCAGAAAUAAGUUCUUUACAUGCUUUCAAAAGAACAUGCCAAGAUUGUGUAUCUGCUGACACUGAUUGGACACUAUACCUAAAGAAGCAAUGAUUUUAGCAAUGAAGUGGAAUCUAAAUUUUUGGCAUAUAUUCAAAUACACAAGUUUUAGAGCUUAGUGCUAACAAACAUACAAAUAAAUUUUCAUACAUGUAUUUAUUAUUCUACAAUUAGAAUGGACCAUAAUGUUGGCAUGUUCUUUUUUUGUUUUUUGUUGUAAUGGGCCUGCUUCUUAGCAAUAUUAGAAGUGUUUUAUAAAGCAGUUCAUGUUACUUUUCUGGUCUGUUCAUGGCAUAUGAGCAAAUAAACUAUUUACACUACUAUA